GGUCUCCUUGAUCGGUCAUACUAGUUUUCUUCAGGGCAACCCAAAGGAUCGAGCGACUAAAAUCGUACACAUCCGUAUAUAGUACAGCUAUCAAGCUAGCAGCUGGAUUGUUGUACUAAUACAUACGUACAGUACUUGCUAGCACGCGCAUGCAUGGAUCCUUCCCCGGUCGGCCAGGAAGCACGUCGGUUGUGCGCAGUGACCGGCGGCCGGGGAUUCAUGGCGAGGCACCUGGUCGCGGCGCUGCUCCGCUCCGGAGAUUGGCACGUGCGGAUCACUGACCUCGGCCCCGAUGUCGCCAUGGAGCCCGACGAGGAUGAUGGGCUCCUUGGCGCCGCUCUGCGUGACGGCCGCGCCACCUACAUCUCUGUCGACGUCUGCCAAUUGGCCCAGCUCACACAAGCUCUGGAAGGAGUAGAUACUGUUUUCCACACUGCUACUGCGGAUCAAAUCAAGAACAACUUCAACCUCCAUUACAAGGUCAACGUCGAGGGGACAAAGAAUGUCAUCGAGGCUUGUAACAAAUGCAAGGUUAAGACACUCAUAUACACUAGUUCCAGUGGAGUUGUAUUCGAUGGAGUUCAUGGCCUCUUUGGGGCAGAUGAAUCAACACCAUAUCCAGAUAAGUUUCCUGAUGCAUACACACAAACCAAGGCAGAAGCGGAAAAGCUGGUGAUGAGAGCCAAUGGAAUAGAUGAGCUUCUCACUUGUUGUAUACGUCCUGGCUCCAUCUUUGGCCCUGGUGACACACUAGUGCCAACUUUAGUUUCUUACGGAGGAAUGAUGAUCAUUGUUGGUGAUGGCAAGAAUUGUGAUGAUUUUGUAUAUGUUGAGAAUGUGGUGCAUGCUCAUAUAUGUGCCGAGAAAACCCUUUCUACGAAAGACGGUGCAAAGAGAAGUGGAGGCAAAACCUACUUUAUAACUAAUAUGGAGCCAGUGAAUAUGUGGGACUUUAUUUACAUGGUUUUGGAAGAACUUGGAUACAAAAGCCGUUUCAGAUUAAGAAUACCUCUAUGCCUUCUGGAGCCAAUAACAUUUGUGGUAAACUGGAGCUAUAAUAAUAUAUUCUCGCACUAUGGAAUGCGUCAACCUGGCAUGCUAACAUCCACAAGAAUUAAGUAUGCGACCCUCAAUAGAACAUUCAAGUGCAACAAUGCUGUUGAACAACUUGGUUACAAAGCAAUAGUCUCACUCAAGGUUGUUACUUUAAUUUUUCUUUGUUCAAUUUCUAUACUUAGUAUUUUCUUUCUCUAACAACUUUUAUGACCUUCGGUGUAAGGAGGGAAUAAAUAUGACUACUGAAUUCUACAAGCGCGUAAGGGCGUGAGAUAUGUGCAUUUCUACUUGAGAAGGGAGAGGGUGCACAAUUCGACAAACUCCAAGCCCUGCACCCAACAAUAUCUAGAUGUAUAUCCUUCUAUCUGAAAUUGAAGUGUGUUUGCGAUAUUGGACCAUAAUAAGAUUCACAAUUUAUGCUACCUAUCACUAUGAAUUGCAUAUGAAGGAAAAAUAUAUACAUGGAAAAGUUGAAAUUGAUUAAUUUGUUGUGUGGUCAAUCCGACCACUCAUGAA